AUGAAUCGGUGGACUUGUAAAUCUACUGAUAUGUUGCUGAAGUUCUUGCAUCAAGUAUUUCCUACAGCUUUGAUUCCCAGUUCAUAUUACGAGGCAAAAAAUUUCAUCCGUGAGUUGGGGCUGAAGUGUGAAAAGAUCCACGCCUGUGAAAAUGAUUGCGCACUUUUUUGGAAUGAAAAUAAAGGCCUUGAUCAUUGUCCAAAUGAAAAAUGUAAAGCACCGCGGUAUAAAUCUCCAAAUUCCAAAAUACCUAGAAAGGUGUUGCGUUAUUUUCCAUUAAAACCAAGGCUGCAAAGACUGUUUGUGAACAAAGAGAUUGCUCGGGAUAUGAGGUGGCAUAAGGAGAGACGUGUAGAUAAUGAGAACAUGAUGCGACACCCUGCUGAUUCAUUAGCUUGGAAGGAUUUUGAUAGAAAUCACAAGUCCUUCGCUGAAGAUCCUAGAAAUGUGAGGCUAGGACUUGCUAGUGAUGGCUUUAAUCCCUUUGGAACCAUGAGCAAUUCAUACAGUAUAUGGCCUGUUAUCCUUGUUCCUUACAAUCUACCUCCUUGGAAAUGCUUAAAAGAUCCAUUUUUUUUCCUAUCAAUGAUUAUUCCUGGUCCCAAAGCACCUGGAAAUGACAUUGACAUAUUCUUUAGACCACUAGUUGAUGAGUUAAAAGAGUUAUUUGCCACUGGUGUGGAGACAUAUGAUGCCUUCAGGGAGGAGAAGUUCAUGUUACGUGCAGCACUUUUGUGGACAAUAAACGAUUUUCCAGCAUAUGGCUAUUUGUCGGGAUGGAGUACAAAAGGGUACAAGGCAUGUCCUAUGUGCUUAGAUGAGACGACUAGUCUAUAUCUUAAUAAUGGUCACAAAUGUUGUUACAUGGGCCAUCGCCGUUUUCUGCCUAUUGAUCAUAAAUGUCGUCGAGAAAAAAAGCAAUUUAAUGGAGAAAGAGAACAUAGACAGCCUCCUAGGACCCUAUCAGGUGAGGAAGUCCUCCAACAACUUCUUCGUAUUGAGCAAGUUGAGUUUGGCAAGGCACCUGAUUUGCUGCAACAAAAGAAAAGAAAACGCGUGCAGAACAGUUCAAAUUGGAAGAAGAAGAGCAUAUUCUUUGAACUUCCAUAUUGGAGUACCAAUAAAAUUAGACAUAAUUUGGAUAUUAUGCACAUUGUCAAGAAUGUAUGUGAAUCUUUGGUAGGUACAUUAAUGAAUAUCCCUUCGAGAACUAAGGACACAUGGCAGGCUAGGGAGUAUUUAAAAGAAAUGGGAUUAAGGGAAGAGUUGCAUCUACAACCGGGAGGUGGCACAUCUAAAGUUAUGCCACCUGCAUGUUACACUUUAUCAAGCCUAGAGAAAAAGAAUUUCUGCCAGUUUUUUAGCACUAUCAAGUUCCCGGAUGGCUUUGCUUCAAACAUUCCUCGAUGUGUGAAGACCAAGGAGCGUCAACUUUUAGGAAUGAAGAGUCAUGACUACUAUGUGUUCAUACAACGACUUCUUCCACUAGCAACUAGAGGAAUGCUGUCAAAAGAUGUAUCUCAGAUUUUAGUAGAGAUCAGCAAUUUUUUUCGAAAAAUUUGUUCUCGAACUCUCUAUCUAGAUGAGCUGGAAAUGCAGGAAAAAAAUAUUAUUUUAAUACUAUGCAAACUUGAGAAAAUUUUUCCUCCAAAUUUCUUUGAUGUAAUGGUCCAUUUAAUGGUCCAUUUACCCACUGAAUCCAAGAUUGCUGGACCAGCCCAAUACCGGUGGAUGUUUCCAUUUGAGAGGUAUUUGCAUGAUGUUCCGACCAGGUUUAAUCAAACGGAACGAAAUAUGGAGAAACACGAAGCUGCUGGAAAAUUAUCUAUAUUUUCUAGCUUGGCUCGGCCCUUUGGGGCAGCACUGAUUGGUUAUCUAAGUGAGGUUGAAUUGCAAAGAAUACACCUAUUCAUCUUGAAAAAUUGUGAAGAAGUAGAUGCUUACAUGAGGGAGCAUAGACAAAUUCUUGAAAAGCAAAAUUUAUCGAGCGUACAGCAAAGGCUAGACUCGAAGUUUUCAAAGUGGUUUGAAAAACGUGUCAUGUAUACACAUGCACGUGGAGAAUGUACUGAUGAAUUGUUGUCCUUGGCUAGAGGACCUGAUUUUCGAGUCAAUACAUUUGUUGGCUGUAAUGUGAAUGGAUUUAGAUUCCACAUUAAGGCUCGGGAAAGAGAAAGAAAGACACAAAAUAGUGGAGUUAUGGUAAAGGGGGAGCAUGCUGAUAAAGAAACAUACUUCUAUGGUACAAUUACUGAUAUAGUUGAGGUUGAAUACUCAUUUACUCAAAAUCGAGUAGUUGUGUUUAAAUGUGAUUGGUGGGACUUGAGAAAUACUUCGGGAAUCAAAGUAGACAAGCAGAGCAAUAUCACUAGCAUCAACAUGUCAAAAACAUGGUACUCAGACCAGCCUUUUAUAUUAGCAUCCCAAGCUGAACAAGUUUUCUAUCUUCAAGAUAUGAAGCUUGGAGGUAAUUGGCAUGUUGUAGAGUUAGUUAGUCCACGCUCAUCUUAUGAUGUUCCUGAGAAGCAUGAAGAUGAUUUGGUUGAUAACGAAGAGGCUUACCAAGAAGAAUAUCAUGAAGAUUUGAUUGGUGUACAAGAAAAUCUUGAGUUGGUCAGUUUGAAGAUAGGAGAUGUGCAAACUGAAGAAAGGAUAGAGGCUGGUGCUAUGUUUUUUAUAGAAUUGUCAGCUAGCCGUACAAGGCAAUUGGAUGACAAUUUUAUUGAUAAUGAUGAGGAAAUUGAGCAACAAUUCAAUUCUGAGGAUGAAAAUGAACAAUUUGUACAAAUCGAUGACUAUGAAUCAGAUUAA